AUGGCUUCCGGUGCCACCCUCGUCAUCAUCGCAACCUUUAUCCAAACCUUUACUCCCCGCCACAAUCUUGCAUGCUACAUCGUCGGCCGUGUAGUUGUCGGUCUGGGCCAAGGUCUUGCUCUGACUGCCGGUCCAAUCUACAUUGGAGAACUUGCUCCUUCCGAAAUUCGUGGAAAGAUCAUGUCCUUCUGGCAAAUGUUCUACUCCGUGGGCUCUUUCAUCGCCUACUGGGUCAACUUUGCAUGUUCCAAGCACAGAGCUGCGUUGGGCGAGUGGGACUGGAGAAUGGUCACCAUCUUCCAACUGCUCAUGCCCGUCCUCAUCCUCUCCCAAGUGUUUUUCAUCCCCGAGACUCCGAGAUGGUACCUUCAACAUGGCGACGAUGGCACAAAGGCCAAAAAGUCACUACUCAAAGUCCGCGAUACCGAACAGGAAGUCGAUGACGAAAUCCUCAUGAUCAGAGAAGCCCUCGAGUUUGAGAAGGAAGCGAUUUCCAGCUCGUACUCUGCACUCUGGAAAGACCCCUCGGUGUUUGCCAACGACUCGACCAUCGCUUUGAUCAACGCCCUCAACGCCACCUUUGCAAUCUUCUUCACCAUGAACGCAACAUGGACUGUCGACCGCUAUGGCAGAAAGUUUUUGCUCAUCGUCGGAGCAAUAGGCAUGGCAGUCUGUAUGGUCAUCGUCGCAGCCGUGGUCACCGAAACCCCCGGCGGCAACACCAAAUCCGAACCCGUCGGUAUAGCAGUAGUGUUCCUACUCUUCCUUUUUGCAUUCUUCUACAAACCGUCAUGGGGUGCCACCGUUUGGGUGUGGACGGCAGAGAUCUUCUCUAUGAACGUUCGCGCUCAAGCAGUUGGUAUGGCUUCCCAGACCCAGAACGUUGCAAACCUCAUUGUGCAGCAAUUCUUCCCUACCUUCCUGAACAACUGUGGAUUCUACGCUUUCUACAUGUUUGCGGGUAUCAACCUUUUGCUUGCCGUCUUUGUCUGGUUCUGCAUUCCAGAGACCAAGAAUGUUACUUUGGAAGAGAUUGAUACGCUGUUUGGUGGGCAGAAUCAUGUGGCCAUGGGAGAGGGUAUGGUGGGUGUUGCCGAGGGAGAAAAGUUUGGUGUCGAGACGGUCGAGGAGAUUAGAGAGGAGAGGAGAUGA